AUGAUUAUCAGACCUUCUAAGAAAAAACCCCUGGUAUUGAGGAUGGUGGUUUUAAUUAUCGCAGUGGCAUCUAGUAUUUACAUAUGCUCAAUCUGUCUUAGGCAAAUUGGUGGACGUUCAGCUGGAAGUUCUUCUCCCAGCAUUCGAGUCGUACAGAAGCCGUGUGAAGAAGCCAAUGAUCAUAUCCUACCUUCUGAGAAGCCUUAUGUGCAUUUCCCCAAACCAAACACUUUCACCAGGGAGGAAUGUGCGUGCAAUCCUGUUCGAUACUUUGCAAUUCUGUCCACGCAGAGGUCUGGGAGCGGGUGGUUUGAGACGCUGUUGAACAGCCAUGUCAACAUAAGCUCCAACGGGGAGAUAUUCUCAGUGAAGGUCCGGAGGAGUAACAUAUCGACAAUUCUAGAGACUUUGGACCUAGUUUAUAAUCUUGACUGGCAUUCGAGUGCAUCAAAGAAUGAAUGUACGGCUGCUGUUGGGCUCAAGUGGAUGCUCAAUCAGGGAUUGAUGCAGCAUCAUGAAGAAAUAGCUGACUACUUCAACUCCAAAGGUGUGUCAACAAUUUUUCUUUUCAGGAGGAAUUUCUUUCGUCGUAUGGUUUCCAUACUUGGAAAUUCUUAUGACCAGAAAUCCAAGCCUCUGAAUGGGACACAUAAAUCUCAUGUGCACUCGACCCAGGAGGCUGAGAUACUGGCUAGAUACAAACCAACUAUAGAUACAAAGCUGCUUAUACCUGAUCUCGAGCAAGUGGAAGACCUGGUUACGAGAUCAUUGCAGUAUUUUAACAGUACUCGACAUUUAAUCCUCUACUACGAGAACCUAAGAAACAACCAAACAAAACUGGUGGAUGUUCAAGAGUUCUUGAAGGUUCCACAACGAAACCUAAGUAGUCGACAAGUGAAGAUACACAAAGGAGCCUUAUCCUCUCAGAUUGAAAACUGGGAGGAGGUUGAGAGGACAUUGAAGGGAACGCGUUAUGAACAUUUCCUAGAAGACGAUUACAAGGUAGAUAUGUGAUGUGAGGUGCAAUGUAUGUAUGUAUAGCGCGUUUAGCUUAGCUUUAUUUAUUUGUUGAUUGAUUCAGUUAGGCAUAUAAUAUAAGGUAGCACCAGGGCUUCUCCCCUUGACAAAAUUGUGGCCAUUGUUUUAUUGCUUCUACUUGUCUUCCUUUCCCUAGACAGGUCAUUUAAUCAUGGAUUGGAGGAGGAGUAGGCCUGUCAAAAUGGAUAUUGGGUAUUGGAUACCAGAUAUCCAAACCCAAAAAAAUCGAGUAAUUGGAAUACCCGAUAUC